GUGUCUGUUUCUGCGAAUUCUGAGUUGUCUGGUUCUACAAAUGAGUUGUCUGGUCCUACAAAUGAGUCUUCUAGUCCUACAAAUAAGUUUUAUGGUUUUACAAAUAAGUCUCCUAGUUCUAUGAAUAAGUUGCCUGAUUCUACAAAUAAGUUGCCUAGUUCUCUUUCUGAUCUUGUAGAUAAGGAGUUGUCUGGUCUUGUAAAUAAGAAAUUGUCUGUUCUUGAAAAUAAGAAGUUGUCCAGUCUUGAGAACCUUGAAGUAAACAGUAAUUUGUCUGGUUCUAUGAACUUUAAGGUGGAUAGUAAUAGGUCUGGUCUUAUAAAUUUUGAGAUAGAUAGUAAUUGCUCUGAUUUUGGGUUCGCUAGUAAUUUGCCUUCUGAGGAUUCUAUGUCUGACAAUGAUGUAAACAUUAAUGAAAAUCAAAUAAAUAAUAUAGAAGAUUCUUUUAAUAAUUGGAGUGCCGUACAAUAUGCAGUUGAUGCAUAUGCAAAGCAAGAGGGUUUUGUUGCUAUUAAGUAUCACAAAGAUCUUGAUCCAACUGAUAGAUUUAUUAUUCAUCGCCGUGAUUAUGCCUGUUGGAAGUUUGGUAAAAACAAAUCGAAGAAAGUAGAGAAUAUUGAUAAACAUCAUGGUGUUUUUGGUAAAACUGAACUAGCCCUGAAACAUUUACAAUUCCUACAAGCUAUUUUAAACAAAAUUGAGAAUUAUACUACAGUUGGCCAGCUGA